GCUUGACCACGAACAUGGCACCAAAAGGCAAAGGCGGCGACAAGGGCAAAGGCAAGGAUACAAAAGAUGACAAAGGCGGUGGUAAAGCCAAAUCUGGCGCGCAAACCAUCAACGUUCGUCACAUCCUCUGUGAAAAGCACGCGAAGAAAGAGGAGGCUUUGGCGAAGAUCAACGCAGGAGCCAAGUUCGACGAUGUAGCGCGAGAGUUCUCGGAGGACAAGGCGCGGACUGGUGGCGCGUUGGGAUGGAAAACGAAGGAAGCCCUUUUGCCGGAGUUCUCAGCUGUAGCUUUUGAUCUGGCAGCAUCAACAACGGCUAAACCGGUCAUCGCCGAGUGCAAGACGACAGAAGGCUACCACAUCAUCAUGGUGGAGGGGCGGAAAUAGAUGUUCUAUGUCGGAAGCGUUGCAACUGUUCCAUCUGGCGCGAAGAGAUCUGCCUACGACCUCGCCUAUUGUCCGCGUGGUGUGAGAAGCUGGACGGAAGUGGCAGGAGCGAUCUGUAUGCCACACACAUCCCACGUUAGGCUCGGUGUUGAACACGCAUUCGAGAGAAGUGCCGCGAUGGUUGAAGAAGUCCCUGGCAGCGUUGCGCUCGCUUCACCAACGUGUGGUUGCAGCGUGCUCAGUCUGCGACAAACCCAACAAAGCACAUUGCGAUCAACCUCGCGUGCGCAGGACUUUUGGGUCACUUGAUCACGAGCUGUCACAGACCUAACAACAAAUGUUCUCAAAGUGCGCUAGAAGGUCAAGAAGGCACUAUCAGGGUGCUGCGAGUGCUCCGACGCAGGGCAUCAAAGCCUCAUGGCGCUCGUUCAUCAGCGGCACGGUCUUUCUCCUUUUCCUUCUCUAUGUUCGACCGCUGCAGGCGUGUCCGAAAUGUCCAUCAGCCUUCCGCUCCGCCGCUGCCGUACCCUUCUCGCACACCUGU